GUUCUAGAUCCCAAUAGACUCACAGGCAAGAAGCACGCACAUAACCACGCAAACUCUUUUUAUCUUUAUUGGGACCAGAGUCCAUAAAUUCAUUGUCUUAGUAGACCGCAAGUUUCGUCAUACAUCUAUCUACAGUAUCUAAGGGAAAUGCAAUAACAUACAGGUAAUUAGUUGAAAUACCCACCAGAUCAAAAAACUGAGAUAGUUAACAUGAUACCCCCUAUACGAACCCCAUCCCCCGAGUUCUCGCCCUUGGCAAUCGGCGAGGACUUGGCUCCCCUUCCGGCCUACAAGUCCGCCGGCACUGCUUCUAUCGAUUUCUCGGGGCUUCUUGCCGACCCUCUUAAACUACAUGAGGAUCUUAGCUCCGGGUGUGGCGGCCAGACCUGGCCGGCAGGCAUGGUACUCGCCAAGCACAUGCUCCGGUAUCACAAAGAUGACCUAAGUCAAUCACGGAUACUAGAACUCGGGGCCGGAGGCGGAUUGGUGGGCUUGGCAGUAGCCAGAGGGUGUGCCGUGGAGAGCCCGCUCUUCAUCACCGAUCAGUUGGAGAUGCAUGCCUUGAUGGAACUCAACAUCAAACUGAACCAUCUUGAUACUCAAGCCGAAGCUAAAAUUCUGAACUGGGGCGAGCCACUCCCGAAGGAAAUCGUAGACUUCAAGCCCGACGUGAUCCUUGCGGCCGACUGCGUCUACUUUGAGCCCGCCUUCCCGCUGCUAUUGGCCACCUUGACAGACCUCCUGAAGCUGUGCCCGUCAGCCACCAUCUACUUCUGUUUCAAGAAGAGGAGACGUGCCGACAUGCAGUUUCUCAAGAAGGCGCAGAAGAUGUUUAAGGUCGCCGAGGUCGCAGAUGACGAUCGUCCCAUCUUUAGCCGGGAAGGGCUGUUUCUGUAUACCUUCAAGGCCUUGUAAGGAAGGGUGCACAGGUACCUCUCGAUUUGAGUGAUAUUUAUGCUAUUGUUGCAGCGUUAGAGCUUGUUUGUAGAUGUUCAUUCUAUGCUUAGACACCAUGCUGGCCAAGGGAAUCAUUGAUGCCUAUAGAAAUGAAAUUGCCUUUGUCGUUCAGCGAACUGUUAUUACUAAAGAAAACGUUGUACACCUAUUUACCCCAGGUUCCGUGUAGAGCAAAGACGGGAAUGUGCAGAUUGAUCGCCCUCAUUAAUCUUAUUCCUCGGGGUAUGCAUAAGAAGCGUUGAUUUUGUAUAUGGGCAGCGGACAACAUGUGAGUUCAAGUUUGCGCUGGAGAUACAAGUAGGUAGCUAAUAGAAUUGAGGUCGGU